AUGCAACAAUUUGUUGUCUUUCCUUUGCUCACUCAUUCCCAUCAUUUCAAUCAGAUUAAAGGAAAAGAAAAGAAAAUGAUCGGUGGUGUUUUUAUCUAUAAUCACAAAGGGGAAGUGUUGAUUUCGCGUGUUUAUCGUGAUGAUAUUGGCAGAAAUGCUGUCGAUGCAUUUCGUGUUAAUGUCAUUCAUGCUCGACAACAGUCACGUUUUCCUGUUGUUAACAUAGCACGAACAAGCUUCUUCUAUACAAAACGUUCGAAUAUUUGGCUGUGUGCUGUUGCGAAACAAAAUAUCAAUGCAGCCAUGGUCUUCGAAUUCUUGAACAAAAUGAUCGAUGUCAUGCAAUCAUAUUUCGGGAAGAUCAGUGAAGAGAAUGUCAAGAAUAAUUUUGUUCUUAUCUAUGAAUUGCUGGACGAAAUACUUGAUUUUGGCUAUCCACAAAACAGUGAUACAGGUGUAUUAAAAUCCUUUAUCACGCAACAAGGUGUUCGACCAGUUACACGCGAAGAGCAAACCAAUGUAACAUCAGCUGUCACUGGUCAAAUUGGUUGGCGACGUGAAGGCAUUAAAUAUCGUCGAAACGAAUUAUUUCUCGAUGUUAUCGAAUCAGUCAAUUUACUCAUGUCUCAACAAGGUCAAGUUUUGAGUACACAUGUCGCUGGUCGUGUAGUCAUGAAGAGUUACUUAUCCGGUAUGCCCGAAUGUAAAUUCGGUAUCAACGACAAAAUAACAGUGGAAAAUCGAACGAAAACUACAACUGAUUCGACUAAUUCAACUACAAAUCCGAACAAUGGAUCAACCAAUCCAGCAACAACAACCAAAACUGCUAUUGCCAUUGAUGAUUGUCAAUUUCAUCAAUGUGUUAAACUAUCGAAAUUCGAAUCGGAGCACUCAAUUUCAUUUAUUCCACCCGAUGGCGAAUUUGAAUUGAUGCGUUAUCGUACAACCAAAGAUAUCAGUUUACCAUUUCGUGUGAUUCCAUUAGUAAGAGAAAUAGGUCGAACAAAAAUGGAAGUUAAAGUGGUCGUCAAGUCCAAUUUUAAACCAACUUUAAUUGGACAAAAAAUUGAAAUACGAAUACCCAUUCCACCGAAUACCUGUGAUGUACAAUUAUUAUGCAUGAAAGGUAAAGCAAAACACAAAGCAUCGGACAAUGCCAUUGUUUGGAAAAUGAAACGAAUGGGUGGAAUGAAAGAAUCACAAUUGAGUGCUGAGAUUGAAUUAACACCCAACGACAAGAAAAAAUGGAAUCGUCCACCGAUAUCGAUGAAUUUCGAAGUACCAUUUGCACCAUCAGGUUUCAAAGUUCGAUAUCUUAAAGUUUUCGAACAUAAAUUGAAUUAUUCCGAUUCGGAAACGAUUAAAUGGGUGCGAUAUAUUGGUAAGAGCGGUUUGUACGAAACGCGAAGUUAA